UCCCACAAUCUGAGUGAGAGACCCUUGAGCUAUUUGGCUAUGGAAGAUUUCUUGUGGAAGAUUCUAUGUUCUUGUGGUGUGUUUUUGGUUGUUUGGCUGCUCGCUCCUGCUGCGAGGAGCCUGUGGCACGCCUGGAGAUUCCGCUGCUUCUACGCCAAGCAGGGCAUUCCAGGGCCUCCAUUCCGAUUGAUCGUCGGCAACAUCCCCGAGAUUCACAAGCUCUUCAACUCGGUGCCAAAGUUUGAGACCAGCUUCCACGCCGCGACCAAGUUCAGGGUUAUUCCGGACCUUGCUACAUUCCAGCAAACUUAUGGGAGAAUCUCAGUUCACGAGCUUGGCUCCACGACUCGAAUCCUGGUGGCUGAUACCGAGCUCGUGAAGCAAGUUCUUAUGUCUCGAUCCUCUUCCUACAUCAAGGCCGAUUUGUCUCGCCAGAUCCUCAGAGCCGUUGUUGGCAGAGGUGUUGUUGUCACCGACGGAGAUUUCUGGAGACAGCAGCGCAAGAUUCUCAAUCCCGCAUUCAAGCUUGCAUACUUGAAGGGAUUGAUGCGGCAUAUGUCUGGUGCUGGAGAAGAUCUGGCCAGGAAAUGGAGCUCGAGAGAGACGACGAGAAUCGAUGCUCACAGAGAGAUGGCGGCUCUAACCUUGGACGUGAUCACAAGAGCGUCGUUUGGAGCAACCAUUGGAGGCACCAACACUGGUUACGCUGCUUUCGAGUGCUUGGACAGGCUUCUCUCUACGGGACUGCUCUACCUGAACAGCUACAAGCGGCUUAUACCUGGAUACAGUUUCCUGCCAACACGGGAGAAUCUCCACCUCAGGCGCAGUGAGCAAUACGUGAACACGCUGCUGCGGGAUAUAAUUCGCAACCGCUGGGCCGAAAAGACCAGAAAUCCUGACGAGAACGGCAAGCCUGUGUAUGAUCUCCUCGACAUGAUGCUCGAGGCCGUGGAGAACAAGUCGCCAACGAUGACAAUGGACCAGCUCUUGGACGAGUGCAAGACAAUCUUCUUUGCGGGUCACUCCACCACCGCAUUGACGCUCACUUGGUCACUGAUCAUGCUCUCGGUCCACCAGGAGUGGCAGCAGCGUGCCAGGGACGAGAUCUUCGCAGCGCACAAACGGUGUGGAGGUCGUGAUCUAAGUGCCGAAGAUCUCUCAAGCCUCGAAGUUGUUGGCUGGAUCAUCCACGAGGUUCUUCGACUCUUCCCUCCGGUUUCGACCGUGACGAGACAGUGCCAUCAAGCCCACGAAAUCGGGGAGUUCUCCAUACUUCCGGGAACUCUAGUCUUGUGUCCGCUGGCUCUGCUGCUCCAAAGCAAAGAAGAUUGGGGGGACGAUGUCUCCGAGUUUAAUCCCGAGCGUUUCAUCAACAAGAAAACCAAGGACAUAUCCGAGUUCGUGGCUUUCGGAGCGGGGCCGCGGAUGUGUCUUGGCAUGAACUUUGCAUUGAUCGAGGCAAGGCUGCUCCUCUCGCUGCUGCUCGCCAAGUUUUCCUUCACGCUCGCUGAGGAUUACGUCCACGCUCCCGGAAGUCCUGUCAGUAUGAAACCAGUAUAUGGUGCUCCUCUACUUGUGAAGAAGCUGUAGAAAAAGAUCUGGAAAACUUUAUCUGGAACGAUUUGCCAAGCUUUAAGGUUUUGAGAAGGUUUAUACUUGUGGUUGCCCUA